AUGGAAGGACCAAAUGAAAUCAAUAUUUUCCUGGUGGGAAAAACUGGUAUUGGGAAGAGCAGCCUGGGAAAUACCAUCCUGGGAGACAGUCUGUUUAAAGAAAAAACAUCUCCUACAUCUGAAACAGAUGUGGGCAAAGAUGAAAGAAAAUACAUCAAUGGGGUACCUAUCAAUGUGAUCGACACUCCUGGCUUCUUUGACACCAACAUGGAUGAAGAAACACUAAAGCGUGAGAUAAUAGACAGUGUCAAACUGUGUGCACCCAAGAUUGAUGCCUUUCUUAUUGUGCUGAGAGUGGAUCGUUACUCAAAACAGGAGAAGGAAAUCAUCAAAGAAAUAGAACAGUGUUUCUCAGAGGAGGCUCUGAAACACGCUGUGGUUGUGUUUACGCAUGGAGACCAACUGGAAGAUGGGAUGACAAUUGAGGAUUUUGUUGAAAAGCAUUCUGAUCUGAAAAAGCUAGUAGAGAGGUGUGGCGGCAGAUGCCACGUUGUUGAUAACAAAUACUGGAAAGAAAAGCAAGAAGGUUACAGGAGCAACAAGUUUCAGGCUGAGCAGCUUCUCAACACAAUAAAAACAAUGAUAAACAAUCAGGGCUACUACACCAAUACGUUUCUUAAAUUAUGGCUUCAACAGGAAUUCCAGCUGUGGGUGGAGCAGUAA